GUUAACCACUCCAAAACGUUUGUGGAUCCAUCCACCGGUGCGUUUAUCAACCGCACCGAAGGAAUCUGGGGGGGGGGGGGUAACCAAGGCCCAGAUGGAAAGCGAGCGCGGAAUGAAGAAGGUCGAUGUGCCCAGCUACUAAGAUCCGUGCCUAUGGCGCACCUGGUAUUUCGAUCACGUCAAGAAGCCCAAGCCUAG